AUGAACCACUUCAAAGCAGGGGAUGCAUCCGUGAUUUUGCGCAGAUUGGUCACGGAGCUACUUGGGUCUAACUAUGCCGGCCACGUACACCGGUACACCAACGGCUCCCGAUCGAUAAACGGAGUAGGUAUCGGGGAUUUUUGCCUUAAUGACGAUAUUGCUGAAAGCAGCAGUCUUCCUCCACAAUGCUCGGUUUUCUCGGCCGAGGCUGCAGCGAUCUUCCGUGCCGCUACGACGCCAGCCAACAAACCGAUACUUAUCUUAACCGACUCACACAGCGUCGUUCAAGCGAUCACCUCGGAUGCACCAAAACACCCAUGGAUCCAGGCGAUUAUCAAAUACGCCCCACAGAACACCGUGUACACGUGGAUUCCCGGACACUGCAGAGUGCCAGGUAACGAGUCUGCUGAUCACCUUGUCGGCGUCGGGACAUCGGGUCUCAGACUCACCAACAAGGUACCCCUACAGGACGUCAGACGGUGGAUCAUGCGGACCAUUCGAGCGGCAUGGGAGGCCGAGUGGUUCCGCAACAGAACUGCCUUCAUCCGCAAAGUCAAAGGGUCAACUGAAGAAUGGAGCGAACUGGAUAACCUGAGGAAUCAACGUGUGAUUUCGCGCCUUCGGACCGGGCUUAAACCAUCGAACACAUCCUGUGCAACUGACCGGAGUUCCAAAAUCUUCGGGAGUCGCUCUGCCUAA